UUGCUGUUGCACUCGUCACCAAUCCACCGUUUCCCCCUCUCUUCGUCCGUUGCGUCUCCACUUGUCAUCCACGCAAAUGUACGCACUAUUAUCUGGGCUUGUCAAGUACAUGCUCCAGAAGGACGAGUACUACGUGCUCAUCCUGGGGCUCGACAACGCAGGCAAAACAACGCUGCUCGAGCGGACAAAGCAAUUGUACAAUCCUGGAUACGCAGGCAUCCCCAUGAACAAGAUUACAACCACUGUUGGUCUCAAUGUCGCCAAGGUGGAUAUAGCAGACAAGAAUCGAAUCAUCUUCUGGGACCUGGGAGGACAAACGUCACUGCAGUCGUUGUGGAACAAGUACUACGAAGAGGCUCACGGCGUCGUUUAUGUUGUGGAUUCAAGUGAUCCCGAUCGGAUACGGCAAUCACAGGAGGCUUUUGAUCAACUCGUGGGCGACUCCAAUCUGGAAAACGUGCCCAUUCUAGUGCUCGCAAACAAGCAGGAUAGAGACGGGUGUCUGAGUGUAGUGCAGGUGAAGGAAGUGUUCAACCAGAGCGCUCGCCGAAUUGGUCCUCGUGCGUGCAAGGUCGAGCCCGUUUCUGCCGUUACUGGCGAGGGAAUACGACCGGCCAUGGAGUGGCUUGCUCAGACACUAGUGCGCAAUUCCAAGCACCGCCCACCAAAGCGACGCGACAUUUCUUGAUUCUCCUCUUUGUUGCCUCUUGAAUGUUGUUUCCAAUCCAUUGUGUUCUUCAUGCUCGUUUUGCGCUUUUCAUUUCUCUGUUCAUCCUUGUUGAUUCCAAUGUAUUGCCAUGACUGGAU